UAAGUCGAUUAUCGUAUCCUGCACUCUUUUUUCCUCUUUCUAUUUUUCUAUUUCUUUUCUUUUUCUUCAAUUAUCUUCGACACCGCGGGAAUCCCCGACGAGCGACUUCGGCGGUGACAGCUUAUCGCUCGGAUUAUCUAACUCCCCCCAGCGGAGGUCUCCGAUGCCAUCAGUUAUUUAAUCGCACCUCCAUCCAGGACUUGUCCUUCGUUCACACUUCAUACACCAGAACCGCAAUAUCGCAGCUAUCUUCACAACGAGAACAAACAGCAGAUACCGGAAAAUCGCGACGAUGGUUGGCGUUCAGUCCAUCCAGGUGCCCGAAAAGUCAAAGGUUGACUUCGGAGCCAUUAUCACCGGCCUCGACGUGGAAAACCUCAGUGACGAGGAUUUCGAGCUUCUCCGCGAUACCCUUUACAAGAAGAGCGUCGUAGUGAUCAAGAGCAAACCGGAUAUCUCCGCCAAGGCCCAGUAUGAGCUCACUCGCCGAUUCGACCCCGCUUGCGAGAGCUACGGUCAUGGCAAGACGCUCGAUGCCAAACGCAGCAUCCUGCACCCGGAUCUGAAGACUGUCCCUCACCAGCCGCAGGUGCAAGUCAUUGGAAAUGGCUUCGUCCCUAGCUAUGAGGGUCUCGAGAACAUCACUCUCCGUCAUCCGCAUCAUAAGACGUUCCACAAGACCCGCAUCCCGGAUGAAGAUGACCUGGCAUAUACGCGGUUCUACCGAUGGCAUAUCGACGCUGCUCUUUAUGACUUGAACCCACCUCGUGUCACUUCGCUCCUUGCCGUUUCUGUGCCCAAGGGUCGCAGACAGACGGUGCGAUAUGAUGAUGGCACCGGAGAUGAGCUGGAUGUGCCGCUGGGAACGACUGCGUUUGUCAGCGGCUACAACAUGUACAAUAUUCUGUCUGAGGAAGACAAGGAAUUCGUGCGCACCAGCAAGAUCGAGUACGCACCUCAUCCGUACAUCUGGAUGAGCCCAGCCAAGUCGCGUCCCGACGGACUUGGCAUGUUGUCGGAAGGUCUGGAGCUGGCAGAGUCAGAACUGCCGCCAAUUGAGCCCGAGAAGAUCAAGAUCUUCCCCAUGACGUGGAAGAACCCAGUCACUGGGGAGCUGGCACUGCAGAUUCACCCGUCUGCUGUCCGUCGCAUCCAUCUGAAGGAUGGCAGUGUGAUCGACGAUCUGGCCAAGGUGCGAGAGAUCGUGCAUAGACUGCAGCGUCCGGCUAUCAGUCCGGAAUAUGUCUAUCCGCACGACUGGGUGGAAGGCGAUCUCGUCCUCUUCAACAACCAGGGCGUACUGCACUCGGUUGUUGGAGCCUUUGCCGAGAAUGAGGUUCGGAUCUUCCGCCAGUGCAACCUGGCUGCGAGCACGCCGCCUGUGGGACCGGAUGCGUAGAUUACUCGUUUCUGUACCGAGUAUAGUUUGUCUUAUCAUCUGUCUAGGAAUUGCAAGUAGUUAAAUAGUUAAUGAAGGUAUAAAGCCGCGAUCAGUUCAUUGCCAACUCAGUUUGAUAUAUUCAUCCAGCAUCCUAGUCUUCUCUUAAACAAG